CACUACUAUGUACCCAUCACCCAAAUGGAAUCGACCUGAACUUCUCAACAUUUUUUUAAUAUUUUCUGGCGAUUCCACAACGUGUGCUAUAACUGCUUCUCAAUUCUUCUUUCUCCUCUCCUACUCAGAACUCGAAACACAAAACCAAGCAUUACAAGUUACAACAGCCCAAUGCCCCUGGAACCCAGGAAAAUAGAAAAACAGAAUAAUUAAAUAAUAAGUAAUGUUUAAUUUCUUCUCCUCUCCUCUGCGUUCCUGUUUUAUCAUUUUCUUCAAUAUUUUUAAUUUUAACAAAUAUUGGAAAAUUUUCUUGCUGAAUUUUGCAGUUAAAAAUGACGAGCUCAGUGGAGAAGGAAGGUUCUGCGAGCGACGAAACCUUCUCUUUGGAGCUACCUGCUCCACCUGGUUGGAAGAAGAAGUUCUUCCCAAAGAAGGCUGGUACCCCAAAGAAAAAUGAGAUUGUCUUUACUGCACCAACAGGAGAGGAGAUCAAUAACAAGAAGCAACUGGAACAAUAUUUGAAAGCAUACCCUGGUGGUCCGCCUGUAUCAGAAUUUGAUUGGGGCACCGGUGCGACCCCAAGAAGAUCAGCAAGAAUCAGUGAGAAGGCCAAGGUAGCUCCUCCACCAGAAUUUGAGCCCCCAAAGAAACGCGGAAAAAGAUCAUCAGUUUCAAAACAGGAAACUUCCAAGGAAGAGAAAGAAGAGACUAAGGAAAUGCAAAUUCAAGAAGCUGAUAACGUCAAGAAUGAAAAAGAUACAGAGGAGGAAGAGAAUGUUGUAAAGGCAAAUCUAGAUGAAAAGAGUGUGGAGGAUACCCAAGUCAACAAAUCCACUCAUUUUGGAGAGGCUAAAGCUAGAGAAAAUGUCGGGGUACCUAUUGAUGUGAAGAAAUCCAAUACUGCUGAUGGAAAACUACAUGCAUUGAAAGAUAAAGUUGAUGACAAAGGAGCUGAGGGUUCUGAAAUUUCUCUGAGAAAAGAUGAAGAAAAGAUUGGCCAACCACAGGAAGAGACAGAAAAAUAUUGUGGAUCUAAGGAGCCAGAGAAACCUGAAACAUGCACUACUGCUAAUAAAACGGUUGACGUGGAAGAAAUGAAUAAAGAGGAACACAACAGAAGUACUCAUGAAUCUGAAGGAGAUAUCAAGGAAAUAGAAGGAACAAAAGUGAAUAGUGAAGAACAUCACAAGCUUGAAGAGAUAAACAAGACAGCUGAAGCAGAGUUGACCGAAAAUGGCAAUCAUGGGAUUUGAACUGGUGAGAUCAAAGCCUGGAGCAGGGAUAAAUUAAUAAGCUCUCGGUGGCUCUCCUCUCAUCCUGACCCUUUUAGAUCUGUUUGAAAAUGACUGUAGCUCUUGUUAAUGUUAUUUAUCUCAUUGUUUAUUGAAACUAUAUACAAUUAUAGAGUAGCCCUGUAAUGUACCAUCCUCGGGUGUAUUUGGACAGACGUGUAGCUUAUAGGUGCCGUUGUAGCAUUAUGUUGUAAGACAUACGCAAACAUUAUGUGGUAUGGACCUGUAAUGUAAUCAUAUAUGUAAAGCCAGUGAUAC